ACGCAACGUUAAUAUACGUUUAUGAUGAAGUAUUAUCAUUUGAUCUAUUAAGCAUGGACAGGGAAACGAAUCUAGAAAACACAUUAAUGUUAACAACAUACUUACGAGAAACUGUGUGUGCAAGUGGAAUGUGGAUUCAGUUAUUGUUAAACCGACAGCCAACGGUUUUUAACUAUGACUUAAAGGCUUCGUUACCGCGAUUACCUAAUAAGGCUAAUGUAAAAGCAGAUUUCUGCGGAUGCACUAGUAAACAAUUUAGUAACGCUUUAAGCGAAUUCUCUGACUUAAUUGGUCGCGUUAAAAUAGAACAUCACAAUGAUGAUGAUUAUGAGACAACAAUUUCUUUUCGCAUGACUUGCAAACCUUUAUUAUCUCAUUUACAAAGACUUUCAUUUCAUGAGUCCAAAAUAAAUAUUCCAACCAAAUUAUCAAAUUUAUCAUUGGCCAAAUGCAAAAAUAUUUCAUCAAAUGCUAUUUCAUCUCUUAUUUCUAAAUGCUUUCAAUUGGAAACUCUUAACCUUUAUAAUGGCAGAAAUAUCAAUACAUCUAUUAAAGAAUAUGAUUUAAUUACCAUACUUCGUUCACCUAGCGCAAAGAAUUUCCAAAUAUUAGAUAUUGGGUCUUCACAGACUUGUAAAGAAUUACAUGCAAAUACUUUACGAUUCUAUAAUAGAACGAGAUUUCAGUUCAAGCAGCUUCAG